AUGCUCCAGAAGAGCUCGCAGAUGAUGCAGGUGAAUCGGCAUGAGCAACUGAGCGUGAGGACGACGCCCACGAACGACGCCGAGUGCAAGGCCGUGAAGGGCAUCAACACGGGCCUGCCCAUCGUCUACGACUCCAGCUGCCCCGGCCUGUGCUGUUUCGAGGACCAGCCGUGCAGGUACAACAACACGGGCUGCUACUCCGCAGCCUUGGCGCAGCAGAAGGUGAGGACGACGCCCACGAACGACGCCGAGUGCAAGGCCGUGAAGGGCAUCAACACGGGCCUGCCCAUCGUCUACGACUCCAGCUGCCCCGGCCUGUGCUGCUUCGAGGACCAGCCGUGCAGGUACAACAACACGGGCUGCUACUCCGCAGCCUUGGCGCAGCAGAAGGUGAGGACGACGCCCACGAACGACGCCGAGUGCAAGCUGCCCCGGCCUGUGCUGCUUCGAGGACCAGCCGUGCAGGUACAACAACACGGGCUGCUACUCCGCAGCCUUGGCGCAGCAGAAGGUGAGGACGACGCCCACGAACGACGCCGAGUGCAAGGCCGUGAAGGGCAUCAACACGGGCCUGCCCAUCGUCUACGACUCCAGCUGCCCCGGCUUGUGCUGCUUCGAGGACCAGCCGUGCAGGUACAACAACACGGGCUGCUACUGAGGGGAGAGCUGUUGUGUAUUGUGGGUGGCCAAGAUGUGCUGCCGCACUAG